GUAUAAAAGGGGCAUCCUUCCCACUCAACAGAGAAGUGCUCUCCUCACUCUCACACACUCCUCUGACACGCUGAACCUCUUUUCUCAAGAUGACUGCAGGCUUGUGUGUGUGUGUCGUGCUAGCAGUCAUGUGUGCGAGCUGUUUAGGGCUCCCCUUCUCCUCCCAGCCCCUAGACGAAAGUCAUCGCUCCAUGUCCGCUGCUUCUGAAGCUCUCCUUAAGGAUGAAACCCAAACCUUGGGGGAGCCCCACCUCCAACACAGCCGUUCUGCCCCCCAGCUGAAAGAUCUUCCUCUGGCCGAGGAGGAUGCAGACUCCCGAGCCAACCUCAGUGAACUGCUGGCAAGACUCAUCUCCUCCAGGAAAGGAUCUGUGCGUAGAAACUCCACGGCAAACAGCAAAGGUAACGGACUGAGUGCCAACCACCGGAUAGCAGACAGGGACUACUUGGGGUGGAUGGAUUUUGGCCGCCGCAGUGCAGAGGAGUAUGAGUACUCCUCAUAAAGGGAAGCCAUAACCCUGCGUACGGGCACACGAGAAAAAGAAGAAGAAAAAACCUUGCAAGCUGGCUCCUCACUGUCUCACAAUAAGAGUCUAUUUAUGAUGUAUUUGUUGUACAUUUGUUUGUAAACUGUAAUAAUGCAAUAUACAUUUGCCAAAUUUUGCAGAAAAGCUCUCACUGUCCAUGGUUUGUUUGGUUCCGGUUUUCUCUGGUUUCUUUAUCAUUUUGGAUGGAAAGGAUUGGGAUGCUGUGAAGGUCUGUUGAGACUUACUGGACUGAAUAAAGAUUGGAAAAAUCA